GAUUCCGUACGUGGAAUGUGAAUGGUUCCUAAUGUAAGACUCAUUUUAGCUCUCCCUGAAGUCCAUAGAUUCACACUCUACUCGCCUUGGAGAAGAGGCAACAAGCCUACCGUAGAUUCAACUCCGGUCCUAUUCAUUAAGCGUAGGCCUACCGUAGAUUCAACUCCGGUCCUAUUCAUUAAGCGUAGGCCUACCGUAGAUUCAACUCCAGUCGUAUUCAUUAAGCAUAGGCCUACCGUAGAUUCAACUCCGGUCGUAUUCAUUAAGCGUAGGUCUACCGUAGAUUCAACUCCGGUCGUAUUCAUUAAGCAUAGGCCUACCGUAGAUUCAACUCCGGUCGUAUUCAUUAAGCGUAGGCCUACCGUAGAUUCAACUCCGGUCGUAUUCAUUAAGCGUAGGUCUACCGUAGAUUCAACUCCGGGCCUAUUCAUUAAGCGUAGGCCUACCGUAGAUUCAACUCCGGUCGUAUUCAUUAAGCGUAGGUCUACCGUAGAUUCAACUCCGGUCGUAUUCAUUAAGCGUAGGUCUACCGUAGAUUCAACUCCGGUCGUAUUCAUUAAGCGUAGGCCUACCGUAGAUUCAACUCCGGUCGUAUUCAUUAAGCGUAGGCCUACCGUAGAUUCAACUCCGGUCCUAUUCAUUAAGCAUAGACCUACCGUAGAUUCAACUCCGGUCCUAUUCAUUAAGCAUAGACCUACCGUAGAUUCAACUCCGGUCCUAUUCAUUAAGCAUAGACCUACCGUAGAUUCAACUCCGGUCGUAUUCAUUAAGCAUAGGUCUACCGUAGAUUCAACUCCGGUCCUAUUCAUUAAGCGUAGGCCUACUGUAGAUUCAACUCCAGUCGUAUUCAUUAAGCAUAGGCCUACCGUAGAUUCAAUAGAUUCAACUCCGGUCCUAUUCAUUAAGCGUAGGCCUACCGUAGAUUCAACUCCGGUCCUAUUCAUUAAGCGUAGGUCUACCGUAGAUUCAACUCCGGUCCUAUUCAUUAAGCGUAGGCCUACCGUAGAUUCAACUCCGGUCCUAUUCAUUAAGCGUAGGUCUACCGUAGAUUCAACUCCGGUCCUAUUCAUUAAGCGUAGGUCUACCGUAGAUCCAACUCCGGUCCUAUUCAUUAAGCGUAGGUCUACCGUAGAUUCAACUCCGGUCCUAUUCAUUAAGCGUAGGCCUACCGUAGAUUCAACUCCGGUCCUAUUCAUUAAGCGUAGGUCUACCGUAGAUUCAACUCCGGUCCUAUUCAUUAAGCAUCGGCCUACCGUAGAUUCAACUCCGGUCGUAUUCAUUAAGCGUAGGUCUACCGUAGAUUCAACUCCGGUCCUAUUCAUUAAGCGUAGGCCUACCGUAGAUUCAACUCCGGUCCUAUUCAUUAAGCGUAGGCCUACCGUAGAUUCAACUCCGGUCCUAUUCAUUAAGCAUAGGCCUACCGUAGAUUCAACUCCGGUCCUAUUCAUUAAGCGUAGGCCUACCGUAGAUUCAACUCCGGUCCUAUUCAUUAAGCGUAGGUCUACCGUAGAUUCAACUCCGGUCCUAUUCAUUAAGCGUAGGCCUACCGUAGAUUCAACUCCGGUCCUAUUCUUUAAGUGUAGGCCUACCGUAGAUUCAACUCCGGUCCUAUUCAUUAAGCGUAGGUCUACCGUAGAUUCAACUCCGGUCCUAUUCAUUAAGCGUAGGCCUACCGUAGAUUCAACUCCGGUCCUAUUCUUUAAGUGUAGGCCUACCGUAGAUUCAACUCCGGUCCUAUUCAUUAAGCGUAGGCCUACCGUAGAUUCAGCUCCGGUCCUAUUCAUUAAGUAUAGGCCUACUGUAGAUUCAACUCCGGUCCUAUUCAUUAAGUAUAGGCCUACCGUAGAUUCAACUCCGGUCCUAUUCAUUAAGCAUAGGCCUACCGUAGAUUCAGCUCCGGUCCUAUUCAUUAAGUAUAGGCCUACCGUAGAUUCAACUCCGGUCCUAUUCAUUAAGUAUAGGCCUACCGUAGAUUCAGCUCCGGUCCUAUUCAUUAAGUAUAGGCCUACCGUAGAUUCAACUCCGGUCCUAUUCAUUAAGUAUUGGCCUACCGUAGAUUCAGCUCCGGUCCUAUUCAUUAAGUAUAGGCCUACCGUAGAUUCAACUCCGGUCCUAUUCAUUAAGUAUAGGUCUCCCGUAGAUUCAACUCCGGUCCUAUUCAUUAAGUAUAGGUCUACUGUAGUAAAGAUGUGCAAUGGUAGGUAGGCUACGCUAGCGUUUGUUGGACAAGUUUAGAAAUCGGUACACAAGAAUGAGUAGCCUAGUCUUUUUAGAAUGACGAAAUACGGGGACAAUAAUAUAUAUUCUGACUCAUUUGUAUUAACGGUUAGGUCUUUGAAUAGUGGAUUCUGCAGAUUCCCUUGGCCUCCUAUUGGUUCACUCUUGAUGCCUGGUCUCACCGUAAACACACCGAAUACAACAUGAUUAUUACAGAACGAUUAUUGCUAGAUGUAUUUUUGUUCACCAUUUAACAGCAUAUUCCUUGUAUUCAUCUGCCUUUUUGAAAGCCUCUAUAGAAGAACCUCGUGAUCUUUUUUGUUAGAAAUAAGAAGGACGACGAGAAUAUUAUAUUUUGUAAUUAAGAGUGUUGGUGAAAUAACCUACUGUGAUGGAUCAUGUUUUUCUUUUUGCAAAUAUAUUUUUGGCCAUUUUUGUAGUGUCUGUGGGUUUUUACAUUACAUAUUUUUAUUUAUUAUAAAACAACAUGUUAUUUUGUUGUGGGGAGAUGAAGAAAGACAGUGCAUCUAGACUUGCUGUCCAGUUACCAAUACGUUCCCAUUUAGAACAUGGAGUUAUUCUGCCGUCAACUAGGAAGCGGAUGUUCCUCUGACAUUCUGAGGUGUUCCUCUGACAUUCUGAGGUGUUCCUCUGACAUUCUGAGGUGUUCCUCUGACAUUCUGAGGUGUUCCACUGACAUUCUGAGGUGUUCCACUGACAUUCUGAGGUGUUCCUCUGACAUUCUGAGGUGUUCCUCUGACAUUCUGAGGUGUUCCACUGACAUUCUGAGGUGUUCCUCUGACAUUCUGAGGUGUUCCACUGACAUUCUGAGGUGUUCCUCUGACAUUCUGAGGUGUUCCACUGACAUUCUGAGGUGUUCCACUGACAUUCUGAGGUGUUCCUCUGACAUUCUGAGGUGUUCCUCUGACAUUCUGAGGUGUUCCACUGACAUUCUGAGGUGUUCCUCUGACAUUCUGAGGUGUUCCACUGACACCUGUGUGUGCCUCUGGUUAACACGGUAUGCUACACACAUUUACAGACUGAUGUGUUAACUCCCCUUUUAACAUGCAAGACAACAGUAAAAUAGAUUUCAACAAAAUGGACACGUAAAAAAAAACAAGCUAUUAUUUGUGGACGUCACAUGGAUUGGCAGUAAAAGCUUUCACUCCAGCGGUGGAGCAGGAUGCCAUCCAGUUUGUUAGGAGCAGUGCCUUGUUCCAGGAGAACAACGUAUGUAGUUCUGUCCUUGAGCUGCUGUUGUCUAUUGUCACAGAAAUGCUUUGGCGUUUAGCCUGGGGAAACGUACAGUACACAGAGGAUCUGACAAUAUACACAAGCCUCUCUGCUAUUCCUCUUUGGAAGUUGGAAAAGCUAUAGGCUACAAUAUCUUGUGGGACAUUUAUUUUGAGCGUGUUUUGCUACGAUUAAUCAAAUCAGUGGCGUAGUGAUAUUUUCUUUAGCUGAAGGAGUGAAAUAUUAUAAUCUUUUAUGAUGUAGUUUCUCAGAGUUUUACUGACAGAAGGAGCCCAUUGAAUAUUGUAAUAGAAUAAAAUGUAUCCUCCAACUG